GGAGGCUCACUGGCACCAUGGCGCUGAGGCUCCCAGGGGCGGGGUCCUUCUCUCUCGUUGGAGUCCUAGUCCUGGUUCUGGCUCUCCCUGCUGAUGCUGGGCUCUCUCAGAAGCACGUUUCAGACGUCGUUGAUGACAGCAAAGAUAACAUCACCAUUUUCACCCGCAUCCUGGACAGGCUGUUGGAUGGCUACGACAACCGCCUGAGACCUGGACUUGGAGACAGUGUAACCGAAGUCAAGACAGACAUUUACGUGACAAGUUUCGGCCCUGUCUCGGACACAGACAUGGAAUACACCAUUGAUGUCUUUUUCCGGCAGUCCUGGAGAGAUGAAAGGCUGAAGUUUGAUGGUCCCAUGAAAAUACUUCCCCUGAACAACCUGCUGGCCAGUAAGAUCUGGACUCCUGACACCUUCUUCCACAACGGGAAGAAAUCUGUUGCCCACAACAUGACAACACCCAACAAGCUGCUGCGCCUGGUGGACAACGGCACCCUCCUGUACACCAUGAGGCUCACGAUCCACGCCGAGUGCCCCAUGCACCUCGAGGACUUCCCCAUGGACGUGCACGCCUGCCCGCUGAAAUUUGGGAGCUAUGCCUACACGAAGACAGAGGUGAUCUACACCUGGACACUGGGGAAGGAUAAAUCCGUGGAAGUGGCAAAGGGUGGAUCUCGCCUGAACCAGUAUGACCUGCUGGGCCACGUCGUUGGGACAGAGAUGGUUCGAUCCAGCACAGGGGAGUAUGUCGUCAUGACCACGCACUUCCACCUCAAGAGGAAGAUCGGCUACUUCGUGAUCCAGACCUACCUGCCCUGCAUUAUGACUGUCAUCCUGUCCCAGGUCUCCUUCUGGCUUAACAGGGAAUCAGUUCCUGCCCGGACGGUUUUUGGUGUCACCACCGUGCUCACCAUGACCACACUAAGCAUCAGCGCAAGAAACUCGUUACCCAAAGUGGCGUACGCGACGGCCAUGGACUGGUUCAUAGCCGUCUGUUAUGCCUUUGUGUUUUCUGCGCUGAUCGAAUUCGCCACCGUCAACUACUUCACCAAGCGCAGCUGGGCCUGGGAUGGCAAGAAGGUGCUGGAGGCCCAAGAGAUGAAGAAAAAAGAGCCGGUGGCACUAGCGAAGAAAACCAACAACACCUACAACAUUGUUGGCACCACCUAUGCCCUCAACAUUGCCAAGGACCCCGGCCUGCCCACCAUCUCCAAGAGUGCUGCUGCCACUGCUACUGCCACCAACGUGCCCCCGAAGAUGCCCCGCCUGGAGGAGAAGCUCCUGGAGAGUAAGAAGACGUACAACAGCGUCAGCAAGGUAGACAAGAUGUCCCGCAUCGUCUUUCCAGUCCUCUUUGCCAUUUUCAACUUAGUCUACUGGGCCACGUAUGUAAACCGGGAGUCAGCUAUCAAAGGGAUGAUCCCCAAACAAUAAAACCAGUCACACAAACCUUCCAUCAGUGAGCAUCAUCCAAGCAGGAAUUCUCCAGGGCUUUCUUCUUUUCUCGUUUUGUUUAAUUAUUAUUGUUCAUUUGGUAUUAUUAUUAUUAUUAUUAUUAUUAUUAUUAUUAUUCCUAUUAGAUCACUCUUUUAUAAUGUCAACAAAACUGUGAUUUUAAUUUAAUCUCUAUAUACUUUAGUUUCGUUUACUUUGCCUCUGAUGAUGGGAGUUUAAAAAAAAAAACAAACAACAAAGGGAUCAUAACAAGUUGUGCCUCUAACAUCGUAAGUCUGCUGUCCCCCAAGUCACCCUGUGCUUCCAUCUCUCCUCUGCCACCUCCUGUGGUCUCCACAGUCUUCAUGCCACUGCCAUUCCACAUUUCACUGCUGUCCCCAGGGGCUGCUGCUCUGGGCCAUCCCCCCCUCCUCUCCUGCCAUGGACUGCCCUAGCAUGGGGGAUGCUCCUGGUGGCCUGGGCUCCAGGAUGUGCCAUCACUUGGCUGGGCUCCUUUCAGGGCCUGGCACUUUGUGUGAGGUGACACACCUGGGCUGGGAAUGCAGGUGAGCUGGUCACCUGUGGGACCAGGGGAGCCCUGGGACAGGAGGGAGAGGUGUGGCAUGGGCCAGCUUGUAGCCCAGUGCCUGCUGGGGGCAAACCUAGCACUGCUGUGCUCCCUGGAGCCAUUGCAGGGGUGGAACAGGGUGGCAGCAUCUUGUAGGUGGUGGACAGGACUUCUUGCUCUCUGUCUUCACCAAACCCAGCUGCUGGUUUCCUCCAAGUCUCUCUCCAGACAGGAACAGGUGAGAAAGGUCCUGUCUGUCUGCCAUCCUGCACUCCUGGGGCAAUUCAGCUUAGCAGGUGGUGUGGUUCUUGCCAGAGAAAUAAUUUUUCUCAGGGUCAGUCAGGGAAUCAAGAGAGGAGCUUUACAAAGCCUUUGAGGUGAUAGUAGCUGUGAGGCUGCAUGAGUUCAGCAUCAGGACUGGAAACCAGAGAGUUCACAUUCAGGUGGGUGGUUUAUCGCUUUCUCUUGGCCCCAUCCACCUAUCCUUCUUGGCACCUCCUCUCUGUCCCAGCCCCUUCUUCCAGCUUCCCAUUCAUCUUCCUUUGGCUGUUCAGAGUCCUUGGUAGUAUCUCACUGCUCACACAUGGAUUUAGGCAGAGAAGCCCCUGCCUCUCAGGUAAGCCACACUGAUGGGGAGGAGCACAGCCCAGGGCAGUGGGAUCAUGGUGCAUCCCUGCUCCAGUGCACCAGUGGCAGCGAUGCUGGGUCACAUCUGCCACGUGCAGGGUCCCUGUGGGACCCACCCCAGGCCAUCCUGCAGCCUGUGGGGAUGAGACAGGGGGCAGGUGAUCCCCGGGAGUCUCCCUGCCCCUGUGAACUGGUGCACCUGAGGAUCCUCGUCACCAUGGGAGAACAGCAGAAGGGGCUCUUGGAGACAGCAUGGUGGUCCUGCUGUCCUGCAGAGCCACGUGAGCCAGGUGCCAUCCCACAAAGCCACUGAGGUAAGACCCAACUCCAACACCUGCACACUCCUCCAGGGAAAGCCCUCCAGCACCUCGGAGAGGGGCUUUUUCUCCCUUCCUGACCACCACAGUAAAGGUCUAAAACCAGUGGUUGUCCCUUUCCCAGAAGCAGCACAAGAUGGUGGCAUCCAAGCCAUCUGUCCCUGCUCCCUGGUGCCUGGACCCAUGGACACACUGUCCUGCUACAAGGAAGGACAUCCUGUGCCUGGUGGUGUAUCGUCCCCAGCCCGUGGGCAGCACUCAUCCUGCCAGCAGUCCUGCUCCUGCAGUGGGAUUCACCCCUUCUCUCUUUGGACUUCCCUCUGCCCCUCCAGUUGCCCCCCCAGAGCUGCUCCCAACACAUUUUGGGCACAUGCAGCCAGGCCAAAGCCCCAACACCCCCAAGGUGAUGCCUGCAGCUCUGCUUUGAGCCGCUGUGCCGGGCUCAGCUUCCCUCCUGUCUGUGCAGGAGCUGGGCUGAGCACAAGGCACAGGAUUUGCCCCACCUGGAAUAUCCAUGGAGGCGGCAGGAUGGAGUGAGGAAGGCCAGGGCACUUUGUCCUGCAGUGUGAGUGGCAUUGGUGCGUGUCCUGCCUGUCCUUUACCAAUCUCACUGGCUCAGCAGCAGUGCAGUCACUCCCCCUGCCCACAGCUGCAAUUUGGAGAGGAGUUCGGAGACAUUUAGCCCAGCCCCCGGUGUGGUGGGUCCACAAGCACCUCCACAGGCUAAUGCUGAGGAAACCAGCUCUCUCCCUGUCCUCCCUCACAGCAUCCACACCCCAAACCAUGACAUUUCCACAGUGCCUUUCAUCCCCAAAGGCUGCCCGCUGGGUGGGAAGCCCCAGGAACUCUCCCCAUU